AUGGCCAUUUUCGACGAGAAGCCGUCCGCGGAGGAGCGGCAAGUUCCCAACGAAGCCCCUGAUGCACUGAAAGACUUGGCCUCUAGUGCUGCUGCCCAGGGUCAGGGUCUCACUGGAUACGAGAACCUGAGUGCCUGGCAGACGGUCAAGGCGUUCAAGAUCAACGCUUUGAUCUGCUUUUUCACCGCACUCAGUGCUGCCGCUGAAGGAUAUCAGAUCCAACUAGUCGGUGUUAUCGUCGCCAACGCUGGCUUCGUCAAGCAAUUCGGAACGCAGGUCAAUGAUGCCGGCGACGUUGUCCUUGCAUCCUCGAUUAUGAGUGCCUGGGGCUCGCUCGGAUCUGUCGGUCAAUUGGUCGGCCAGAUGUCAAUCUCGUUCCUAUCCAAUCGAUACGGCAGGAAAGUCGCCAUGUUUACUUUCUGGAUUCUUCUCGCCCUCAGCGUUACCAUCGAAUGUAUUUCUCGAAACUGGAAAGUCUGGCUUGUGGCAAAGAUUCUUGGAGGUCUCGGCGUCGGUGGUAUGCAGGCUACCAUUCCCCUUUACAUCAGUGAGGUGGCACCAAUCCGAGCGCGAGGUGCCUUCUUGAUGUCCUACAGCCUCUGGUGGGUUAUUGGACAAUUCUUCGCCCCCCUCGCUCUACAGAUCAUCUCGCAGAACGACUCCUCGAACUGGCUCACACCCGUUUAUUCGCAAUGGGGCCAUAUUGGACUGAUGUUGAUUAUCUACCUGCUCAUUCCAGAGUCGCCAGCCUGGUGUGUUGCUCGCGGCCAAGUUGAUCGCGCCAAGAAGAUGCUUCGUCUGAUCUAUAGGGACGCCAAGGAUUUUGAUAUCGAGCACCAGUACAAUCUUAUCGUUCUCAAUCUCGAGCACGAGCGUGCUGUGGCCGCAGAGCAGCGACGCGAGCACUGGUAUGCUAUCUUCAAAGGCACCGAUGGACUUCGCACGGUCAUUUCCUUCUGGACCCUAAUGACCCAGCAAUUCAUCGGCCUUCAGGUUUUCCUCAGCUACGGAACCUAUUUCUUCCAACAGGCUGGCGUCCCCGACCCCUUCAAGGUCACCUGCAUCACUUCUGGCAUUAAUAUUGCUGCCUGUGUCUUGGUCAUAUAUUUGGCUGAUGUCACAGGCCGUAGAUGGAUAGCAUGCUACGGAACAAGUCUUUGUUGGUUCUGCAACAUUGCUGUUGGUAUCCUGGGUGUUGUGCCUAAGGGCAAGGCGAGCAAUAACCUUAUUGUUGUAUUCGCUUGUUUAUGGAACAUCGGACUGAUGGCCAACGGAUCAACUGGUUACGGGUUUAUCGCUGAGAUUUCCUCUCAGAGACUUCGAACCUACACGUCUGGUUUCGCCAUGGGAAUGAUUGGUCCGGUUGGUAUUGUGAUGGGAGUCUUAGUCCCAUAUAUGAUCAAUGCCAAUCAGUGGAACUGGGGCCUCAAGACUUGUUGGUUCUUUGCUGGAGUUGGCUUCCCUUUCACCUUAGCCAUGUGGUUUUUGAUCCCUGAGACGGCUGGACGCUCUGCAGCCGAGCUCGAUGAACUUUUCGAACGAAAGAUCAAGCCAUAUCGAUUCCACAAGACCGCUACAGUCACUCAACGCAUCGUAGAGAUGAACAAAGUACAAGUCGAACAUGACAACUAG